AUGAAUCGUGGACUCGAUGCCGAAACACUCCACUUGGUGCAUAUAAUGAACAACCUUCCGCUUAUACGUGGUUCAACGCCGCCUCCAGUUGAUCCGCGAAUGGAACAUCCGCCAAACCCUCAUAUUCAUCCACAAGCCCUUAUUCCAAAUCAAAUUUUAAAUGAUUAUCCGCCGAACGAUGAUCUCCUUCCAUACUCGGCUGCAUCGAUCUACGACUUUCUCGAGCAUUUCACAUUGAGGGCUGCGAAGCGAUUUGAGGAUCAGCCGCGAUUCUUAUUCGAUUAUGAAUCAUUAGAGGUUUUGAACCAGCACAUUACAAAGCGUCCGAUGGUAUGGACGACGAGCCUUCAAGUUCCGAGAGUAUUCGCUAUUUAUCGCAUUAUCGAUUGCACUGAAACUGGCGAUUACAUUCUGGCGCUCAUUUUCAAUGAUUAUUUUUCGAAUCCGGAAUCGUUCCAGUUCGUGAGAAUCACCACAACAAGCAUUGAUGUGAUGAAUCCGGGAUAUCCGGCAAAUCGAAACUUGUUGAUUGGUGAUACGGUUGUCGUUUACAAAUUGCAUGAGAUGCCACUCACCUACACGCCGAAAGAAAGCAACAGCAUUAGAUUGAGAAGAGGACAGUUUGUUGUGAGAUAUGCGGUUUAUAUGUACCACUGCCUUCCACGCACUUUUCAUCAGGACGUCUACUUCACGAUUGAAAAGACCCGCACCGAAAGAAGCAUCGCCAUCGUUCUUGGAUAUCCCGGCGAAUGCGAUCUUUUGCCAGAGAUUGAACGCUUCGUAACAAAUAAUGAACAAGUGUUCCAAGGCGACGUAUUUGUUCCAUAUGGGACAUUCUUCAACAUACAGCGCUAUGUUCCAGAUGCUAACAACGAGAUUUACUACUUGAAGACAGACUUCGUUAGCACAGUGCAAAAAUAUCAUCGCGCGAAUCCGGUGAUAAUCUCAUGCUGCCCGUCGCCAACCGAAAUUCAGAAUUAUAUAAUGAUGGGAUCAAGAGCCUUCAUUAAUUAUUCAAGUUCAUACGAUGCAUUGAAGUCGAUUUCUCAUAUGAUGUGCUGGUCGUCGUGCGGAAUGGCGGCAUUUUACGAUGAAAAAUUGAGCAAUCGCGUAUUCAAAGCGACAAUGUGCCGUGAGCCCGCCGAUAGUUUCGAUACAAUUGCGAGACUUCAUCUCACGUGUCACGACCAAUUCGUCGCCUCGAUUCCAGAGGGAUUCCCGGUUGUUAUUCAUGCACUUCAAGGCGGAUCCGCAUGCGGUUACGUGUUUCGAAGCCUUUUGGCCAAGAGAAUUUUGGUGAAAAUUUGUGACGGCUUGCCGGACACACUUCCACGCGAUUUCUACCUCGACAAACCGAUUUGCGUGACAUUCUACAAACGCAAACACUAUGACGUGGAUCCAAUCGUUGAUGUAUUGAACAGCACCGCAGUGAUGAGCAUUUCGAGCCGAACCGAAUCAUUCAAGAUUCUUCAAGCUUUACAUAGCGAUGAUACGUUCGCCACUCCACUGGAUGAAAGGAAUGCGUUCUUCGCAAUAAUGUCGGAAUCGAAAAUUCUUCAUCUCACCAGCGAGGAAGCAACAUACAUUGCUGCAUUCAACCCAACAUUCCACAAACCUCCUAGGCCGAUAACAUUCCCGCCACUCCCGAACGGAACUUUUAGAAGCUAUUCAAGCCAUUUCCAAGCCGCAUAUCGAGCAAUUAGAUCAAUUCAUACAUUGGUUGCAGUCGAUUGCCCCUCGAUCACCGAUGAGGCUCUAUCGAUGUACAUCGCGGGAACGUAUCUUUCGCGUGAGCGUCUUUCGAUCUGCAUUGGCGUCGAUGAAUUCAAGGUGAAGCAAUUGUUGAAGUCGUUCAAGGAUAAUUUUAAUGGAGAGGGAGUUGUACGAAUGCUCGACCGAGAUGAAUGGGAAAUUCUGCCAGACGACGAGAAAACUGAAUUCGAUCUACCAGGCAUCAUGGAGGAGGUCAUCAGAGAUUAUACAUUCUCUCGAGAAGAAUUCUACUUGCAAUUGGAACGCGACAAUGAAUUCUAUCCGGAUCAGGACGAUGACUAUUUCGCUGCCGGUGUCUCAUAUUGCAAGACGAACGGGCUUGGAUUUUGUCCAACAUCGAAAAUGGGCAAAGCAUUUUAUCAAGCUGGUCCUGUCUCUAAUGAUGCCAUUAUGACAUUGUUUAUGCAUUUACAUAAGCCGAAGCUGUUUGUUGGCACCGCGAGCGACACCAUCGGAAUGUUCAAAACAUUGAUGUAUGUGUUGAAGCCAAAAGUGGAACUCGUUCAAAUCGCCGGCAUUCCACAAAUGAAAAUGACCGAUUUUGUCGCCAUCUUGGCGACGUUGCCAAAUGCCCGAUAUGGCAUUUUCGGUGAUAUCAAUACCAAAACGAUUUUCAAUUGUGACCGCACCACGGAGAGAUUGGAUCGAUAUGUCAGAAGAAAUAUUUUGCGCGAGAUCGUUGACGGUGAAAAAUUCCCGGUGCUCAAGUACGAGAAAAAGCGACGUUUGUUGGAUUUUCUUGUCGACGAAGGGGAUGCUGAGCUGCUCCAAGUUGAAGACAUUCUUUAG